AUGCGUUCGCGUCGGUCUAGUCUGGAUGCUGACCGCUCCCGUCGCUCGAGCUUCGCGACAGAACUGCCUAAACCAACAGCUGCCGAUGUCGCCGUUCCCAUUGAAAUUAACAUCCCGCACCGAGCCAGCACUAGCGCCAGCGCCAAAACCAGCCAAAUCGAUCUCACUGGUCAUCACAUCUACCUUCCCGAUCAUACUACCGCCGGCUCGUCAACCCAAGGUGGCAUGUUCGAGCUUACCCAGAUCGGACCAAGUGAAAAAGUCACCGGCGAGGUGAUCAAAGAUGUCAAAACGGGCAAACAUUACAAAAAGAUGGCUGUAUCCAAGCCAGCCUACUCCCUUGGUCACACCACGGGCGCGCCCGUCGUUACUGGCGUGCCUAACAGGACUACCGGUCGUAUUGGCCUCGGCCACGCUUUCCCAACUCAAGAGCAGACCAGGCAAUACAAGGAGGACAAAGCAGCUCGCAAGUCAAACACUGGCUCCGGAACAAGAUCCCCUUCCCUAGCUGGCGGCAGUGUCACCAGUCACCGUGCCUCGAUGGACGUCAACACAGCCGAAGGAAGGACGCAGCUCUUUGCCCAGCUGCGCGAACUCAUUCACGAGGAGUUUGAAAAGGUAAAUCGCGGUCAAACCGAAGAGUUGAAAAACCACGUUCGCCAAGCGCAUCUCGAACAACGUCAGCACCUCAAGGAUCACAUGGAAGACGUCAAGGAGAUCGUCAAUGCCGAUCUUCCUUCCCACUCUGAAAAAGGCGGCUAUUCCAAUGACACGAUUCUCAAAACGACCACAGACACGGUCGUGGCAACUGCCGAUGACGACAAGCAGCCCUAUGAUCGAAAAGGUAGUGAAGGCACCCUUACGCUCGAUCCCAAUGGCAACGAGGUCAAAGACCCUCGACCUGUCGAACGUGGCUACACCGACAAUGACGUGGACAGCAACCAAGACGAGUACGAGUUCCCCAACAAGUGGGCGGCCAUCCGCUACAAGCUGCGCGAACCAUUUGCCGAGUUUCUCGGCUGCUUCAUGCUCAUGGUCUUUGGCAACGGAAUCAAUUGUCAGGUCGUCAUUUCGCAACUGUACAAUUCCAGCGACCCCAAAGGUAGCUAUCUCUCCAUCUCGUUUGGGUGGGGCGUUGGUGUAGCGAUGGGUGUCUGGGUUGCAGGUGGCAUUUCUGGCGGUAUGAUCAAUCCCGCCGUGACGAUUGCACUGGCAUGCUUCCGCAAGUUUCCAUGGAAAAAGGUGCCUAUCUACAUUGUCGCCCAGAUCCUCGGUUGUCUCAUGGGCUCGCUCUGCAUCUACGGCCUCUACAUCAACCCUAUUCGCCUCGUCGAUCCCAACCAGACCGAGACAACCGCAGCGCUCUUCACCACCUAUCCAGCCGAAUUCCUUCGUCAGCCCUCGACGCGCAUGAGUGCCUUUUACAACGAGUUUUUCGCUAGCGCCAUUUUGCUCAUUGUCAUUCUUGCUAUCGGCGACUCGUCCAACACACCACCCCCGGACGGUCUGGCACCCCUCGUGCUACUCUGGUUGAUUUGGGGUCUUGGAGCUUGUCUUGGCUGGCAGACUGCCUAUGCGGUCAACCCAGCGCGAGACCUGGGUCCUCGAAUUAUGCUGUACAUUGUUGGCUACUCGCCCAAGAUUUUGUGGACCUUCAACGCGUGGUAUUGGCUCUGGACGCCCAUCAUCGCCACCUGCUCCGGUGCCAUCAUGGGAUGUAUCAUAUACGACACGCUCUGCUAUACCGGUGGUGACUCGCCCAUCAACCGAAAAGCCAAGAAGCAUGCACCCGCCCUCGGUCCAGGCUCGAAACAAAAAAUGCCAGCAGCUCUUAGCGAGGCCUGA